AAACCAACUAUAUUCUCACAAAACAUUAUUAUUAGUCGUCCUAAUUUUAAAAUCAAAUCAUCAUCAACAUAUUGCAAGAGCAAAUCAUUCAUAAUGGCGCCAAUUAUUUGCAUAGUUUUUAAUUCAAUUUUUUUUGUUGGUUAAAUUGAUUGCUUACCACCAUUCUUGGUCUCCAUAACAUCGUUAGAUGCGGCCACCAUCUACAUUGUUUAUAUAACUAUCGGUUAAGUACCCGCGAAAGAAAAACCUAAUCGUAUAUUCUAUAUUCUAUAUAAUAUAAGACAUAAAAAUAUUCUCAUUUUAUACAAUGUUUGUAUGUUUUUUGAGUUCGUUUUUUUUUUUUUUUUGGUUUCUAUGCAUUCACGAUCAAUGACGUUCAUAACAAUUUAAAGCAACUAACUUGAACCCAAAUGGAAAAUUCAUGUUUCGAUUUGUAUAUGAAUGAAUUGUCGUUUUUUUUCUCUUCAUGCUCAAUUUCAAAAUGAUGCUCUGGAUGGCUCCAAUUUUUUUUUCUUAUAUUGAGUUUUCAACGGGUAACAUUCACAAUGGAUGAACGUAUUACUAGCUAUGGAGCCUAAUUCUCAAAUCUUCUCGACAAACAUUAACUCUAUUCGAUCAUUAUUCUGUGAGAGCUAAUCUCCAAAAAAAAACUGUCUAAACAAACAUUCGAAUGUUUGUAAUGAAAAUUUUAUAGAAAAAGUUAUAUUUAUCACACCACAAUGAUUGAAAUUACUUGUCUUGAAUUUUUAUGAUAAGUAUUAUUAUAAUCAACCAACAACUUGCCAACGUAAUAAAGCCUGUGACAGCAUUAGCCCUACUUCAACGAUGGAACAUAAUAAUAAUACUGUCGAAGUUCAUGUCAACGCUGCGGAUAUCGGUUUGAAUUAUCAGAUGGAUGCUAAUAAUGAUCAUCCUAGAUCAUCUUUACCUUCAUAUCUUCAAAAUUCUAUUGAUCAAACAAAUAUCAAGACCGUUACAAUUGAUGAAGCCAUUACACGAAUGGUAUCAGAUCCACCGAUAGAAUUUUUAUGUAGUAAUAUUCGUAAAUAUUCGGGUGAUAUCACUUCAAUUGGUACAGAUAAUUGUAAUGGUGAAAAUAAUGACAAUCAAGAGAAUGAUAUUUUGCCAGCAUUGAUCAAGAGUCGUGAACCAUAUCUUUAUGCAAAGCCACGAUAUCGUUUUCAAACAUCACACGAUAAUCAUCAUUUAUCCGUUCCAUCAAUGGCUAGCACAUCGUUAACACGACGAUCUCAUUCCAUUCAUGUGAUUGAAUCUAGCAAUAAUUCUAUGGCAUUACAUCCAGUAAAAACAAUAAUCAAAACUACUAAUAAUGGUCUUAUUCCUACUAAUAAUACACAUUCAUCGAACACUAAUCGUCGAUCUACUAUUCAUCGUUUCACAGAAACUAGUGAUGAUUUAUACGUUCCUAAAGAAUCAUGGUUAACUAGUAUUUAUAUAAAAUUACCUAAAUCUAAAUCAUUCUGCCGUUUUCAGCUCAAAUUACUAAAUCUUCCAUUAUUUGCAUCAACAGUUCGAUAUCUGGAAGAAACGGCUACUGGUGAAAAUAAAGAAAUGCUACAAAGUAAUUCAUUCCUUUAUGCUGUGUUCAAUCAAUUCGUUCCACAUAAUAGAAUCAUGGUCAAUACAUUGAGUAAACAUGUUCGACGUAUACGGAAAUAUGAAAUACUAGCCGUUAUUGAAUUCAAUUUUUUGCGUACAUCAUCAAAUAUCAGUGGUAAACGAAAUUCAUUCACAAUUCGCCAUGCAAAUAAACGGGAAAAUUUUGGCAAAAAUAUUAAUCAAAAAUUCGUUCCUUAUGAUUUUAAUCGAGUGAUACUUGAACUAAAUCCAAAUGGUAAUAAAUGUUCUGAAUCGGACUACAUUAAUGCAUCGCAUAUUGAUAGUUUACUCAAACCAAAUGCCUAUAUUGUUGCUCAAGGCCCAAAUGAAAAGACAAUGGGCCAUUUCUGGCGUAUGAUAUGGCAGCAAAAUAUUCAAGUUAUUGUCAUGUUGACCAAAGUAUACGAAUUCAUAAGAGUUAUGUGCAUACAAUAUUGGCCAAGUAAAUUGAAUCAACCGGAAUUGUUUGAUGACCGUUUUGAAGUUACAUUGGUUGAAGAAGAUCAACUUGCCGAUUAUAUUUGUCGUACUAUGAAAAUACGUGAUUUAAAUGCCGAUGAAUCGAAUGAAAAUUUUCAAACUAUUUAUCAAUUGCAUUUUCAAAGCUGGAAUGUCACCGCUUGUCCGUAUUCAGAUUCAAUACUUAAAUUUCGACGACGAGUUAAACUUUAUCAGAAUCAGGCCGUCAAUUCUGGACCUUUGCUCGUUCAUUGCAGCAAUGGAUGUGGAAGAAGUGGCACUUAUGUUUGUUUGGAUGCAAAUCUGGAUCUUGUCGAUGAUGAAGGUGUGGUCGAUAUAUUCAAUUAUGCUAAAAAUCUUCGUAAUUCAAGGACGAAUAUGAUUGAAAAUCUCGAACAAUAUCGAUUCAUUUAUGAAACAAUCGAAGAAUGGUACAUUUGCGGUAAAACAUGGUUCAAUGUUAGUGAGAUUAGUCAACAAAUGAAACAUAAAUCGAUUAAGAAUAAAGCCACCAAACGGAAUGAAUAUCAAGCCGAAUUCGAGAAAUUAAUGUGCAUGACUUCCAAAUUUACUAUUGGAGAUUGUGCCGGUGGACAUCGGUUAGAAAAUCGCGAUAAAAAUCGUGAUGUUUCAAUCGUACCUCGUAAGUGCGGGUAUCUGGUCAAUCAUCACCAAUCAAUAAAUUUUCUCAUUCUAGCUGACAAUUUUCGUCCAUAUUUGACAUCGGUUCAAUCGAAUGAUCAAUCUGACUAUAUUAAUGCUGUUUUUGUUGAUGGUUAUUCAAGACCUCGUGAAUAUAUUGUGACCGAAUGGCCACUGAAAAAAACAAUGGAAAAUCUUUGGUCAUUGAUUUAUGAUCAUGAUUGUAAUACUGUUGUAGUGUUAGGUGGUGUACCAAAGAAUGAUAAAUCAUUCCAGGAAUUUUGGCCCAGAGAUUCAAAAACCUGUAAAUAUGGUCCAAUAUUUACCGUCGAAACCAUAUCACACAAUAAUCCACCAAAGAUCAAUAGUUGGGUGUUUCGUAUAACGAAAAAAUUGACCUCUCUAACCGAAUUGAUGGCAGGAAUCAAAGCUGAACCAAAAGUCGUUCAAUUUUUUGAAUUUUUAGCCUGGCCAUAUGAUUAUAAAGUUCCCAUCUCUACAAACGCAUUGGUCGAAUUGAUUCACAUGGUUGAACGAUGGAGACAAAGAACUAGUUAUGGCCCCGUUUUGGUUAUUUCAGGGAAUGGAAAAUCAAGAGUGGGUGUUUAUAUUGCGGCCAAUUUUGCAAUCGAACAAGUAGUUGCACAUGAAGAGAUCGAUAUAUUCAAUGCUGUUAAAACUGUUCGACGACAUCGAUCAGCAUUGAUUGAAACGAUUAUGGAAUACAAAUAUUGUUACGAUUUAACGUUACAUUAUGUUAGCCACUAUAUGAAUACAGAUAAUCAAGUAUUCAAAACUGCAGCCAGCACUAAAAAUGCUCCAUCGUUGUGAAUUUUUGGAAAAUGGAAAAAAACUUAGAUUUGAUGAUGAUGAUGAACUUUGGUUCUCGAAGAAUGAAAGUUAUUCCAUUUUGAGGAUCGGGAUUUUACAAACUGAUGAUGAGUGCAAAAUUUUACAAUCAUUUGGACAGAAAUUGAAUGCGUUUUUUCCACCGAUGUUGUUUUUUCCAUACUUGUCAAGACAAUAGGAUUGGUGAUGAUGAUUGAAGAGACUCUUGAAGACAUCUUCAAAAAAUUAAACUCAUGACAAAUGUCAAAAAUUUUUUUCUUCUUUUCUACUAUACUUUGAAAUAAUAUCAAAAGUAGAUCUAUUGUCGAGAAUCGAUUAGAUUAUUUGUAAUCAACGAGUUUUACAGAAAGGAAAACCCAAUUGUCGAAAGAAAAUUGACAAGAAAUUCUAAAUUCAUUCGUAAAUGAAAAUAUAUAAAUGGCUUCAGAUAGACUUCAUUGUUUAUUGUGGAUUUUAACAAACAUCAGGACAAGAAAAAACUUUUACAAAAAUGAAAAUUGAAAAAUCUGGCCGUUAUUUGAUCGCACUGUUUCUCGUAUUUAUUCUUGUUACGAAUGAAUUUCGUGAAUGGAACACAAAUUCUGAAGAUGGAUACGCUGGCGGGUUAUUGGUAGACGCUUGUUCUCAUUGUCAUCGACGACAUUAUAGACCAUUCCAUCAUCAUCAUGGAUGGAGGCAUCAUGGAUAUCACCAUAGGCGACAUCAUUGGAGACCAUACUUUCGUCAUUGGAGACCCUGUCAUCGUGGAUAUUGUGGUUGAACUAUCUGUUCAAGAUCAAGAAAAAUUUUCAUGAAAUAAAUGUUUAAAUAAUGCAUGCAUUUAUAACAAUUAUCUUUCCGUAUAUUCCAAAUAAAUUGCAAUUUAUAAAAA